AUGCUAGAUGCUGUAGCUGACCCCCAGAGAGACCUGGAAAACUGCUCUCGAGAGACGGAGGUGGAAUCAAUUCUAGAAGCAAUUGAAGUUGGCAACAGCCACGAUGUCGAGGAAUACAUCUUGGAGCAGACCGAGCCACAGGGACCUAGUGGCGUUCAUGAAGCUCAUCAACUAUCAUCGACGAGGGUCAGACCUGCACAGGACUGGGACGGGCCUCAUGACCCUGGCAAUCCACUCAAUUGGAGCUCCGCCAGGAAAGCGAGACACUUUUGGCCUGUCGCUUUACUCAGCUUCUCGACAACAACAGCGGCAUCCCUCAUCACUCCGGCGAGCCCAGAGCUACAAGAAAGCUUUUCGGUGUCCAGGACAGUGGCAUUCUUGCCACUCACUCUAUACGUGAUCGGUUUGGGUCUCGGACCCACCAUUGCAGCGCCGCUCUCAGAACAAUUUGGAAGAUCUAUAGUCUACAAGGUCUCGGUACCUGUGUCCAUCCUUUUCUUGCUUGGCUGUGGCCUAUCAAAGUCUUUUGCAAGUCUCUGUGUUUGCCGACUACUUGCAGGUACUGCCGGAGCACCAGUCCUGGCAAUCGGCAGCGGCACUAAUGCGGACCUCUUUGCACCCCACGACCGAGCGCUAUGGUCAGCGUUGUCCACGAUGAUGCCGCUACUCGGACCCGCUCUUGGACCUAUAAUUGGCGGAUUUGCCGCUCAGUCCGGAUCCUGGCAAUGGACGGUGUGGUGCAUGAUCAUUAUCUCAGGCUUGACGUAUCUCACCUGCUUGCCGAUGCAUGAGACGUACAAAAAGACGAUACUGCAGACGCGCGCGAAGAAGUUGGGUCUGCCAGUGCUGCCCAGUCCGAACAUGUUGAGCAUGCACUACGUGGAGGUUCUGCUCACCACCACUUUGGUUCGACCAGUCUCCAUGAUGGCCACUGAGCCAAUUGUGUUGAUUUUCGGCAUAUACAACGCUCUCGGCUUCGCCAUACUAUUCUCCUUUUUCGCCGCGUUCCCGUACACCUUCACCAGCGUGUACGGCUUCAAUACCUGGGAGAACGGAUUGGUGUUCAUAUCGAUUGGUCUGGGAGUGUUAUGCGGCGUGGCCAUUGGCAUUCUCUGCGACCAACUCAUCUACAUGAAGAAGCACAAGCAAGCUGUCAUGCAAGGGAAGGGUAUCUUGGCCCCAGAAGAAAGGCUAUACGCAGGCAUGGUUGGUGCCACCGGUUUGCCCGUAGGCUUACUUUGGUUUGCCUGGACCGCUCGUCCUGGAGUCCACUGGGUCGUACCAGUGGCAGCCGGCGUUCCCUUUGCCAUGGGGAAUUUGACGCUGUUCUUGUCAUCUGUCAUGUACCAGAUCGAUAUCUAUGGUCCGCGGAAUGGAGCCAGCGCAAUGGCGGCAAAUGGUCUCAUGCGAAAUGUUUUGGGAGGCUGUGCUCCACUCUUCGUUCUGCCAAUGUACGAACGCAUGGGCAUCAGCUGGGCGACAUCGUUGCUGGGAUUCAUCUGCCUCGCCAUGCUACCUAUUCCAUUCGCAUUCUAUCAAUACGGACCCUCGAUCCGGAAGAGAAGUCUAUAUCACAAAGGGUGA